AGGACAGUCCUCAGCUGGGUGGAGGUAGCUAGAGGAAAGGUGAAGGAAACAGACACGACCUCUAGAGCUAUUGGCCUCUCUACUGUGGUGGGUCAGAUUUGACAAAAUGCCGCUCUUCUCAUCAUGGAUCAAAGCUAUUUUUAUCAUUGUGUUGGCAUUUCCUCUUUUUUCUGGAACUCUUGUUGUACCCAUACCACGAUUAGACAUACAGCCAUACUGCAAGAAGUUUGAAAAUCGACUAUUUAUGUGCACCAGAGAAAUGCGUCCAGUCUGUGGCACUAAUGGCGAAACUUACAGCAAUGAAUGCAUUUUCUGCAGUAGUAUGUUAACAAGUGAAGCAAAUUUUGAAUUCGCUCGUUGGGGUAGAUGCUGAUAUUCUGCCUGAGCUACACAUUCCAAUGAUUUCAUUGUAAUCCUGUUACUGGUGGAUCCUACUACCCUCUUCUCAGUAAGGGUCUUAAAUUUCUAGAUUGCCAGUUGAAGCUUUCUAUGGUGUUAAGUGCAAUAGAAGAUUUCAAAGAAUCUUUUCAACUCUAGGAACCUGUAUUAAAGAAUUUUUAGUGUCCCUGUGAUAGUGAUAGUUUUGAAAAAGGAUUAUCUUAAAUAUGUGGAUGACUCUAUAAA